GAUCGGUUGACGCACCAUCGGCAAGAAACAUGCGCGCAGGCCACUACUCUAUGGCGGUGCCACGCGUCCAAGGGCAGGAGGGCCUUCUCAUUGCCGAUGAUGUUAGAAUUAGAACAGAUAGAUAUAAAAGGCCUACCUUCCUGACCUCGAAGCUGCGUGGUCGGCCCUGAUCUGCGCUCGACUCAACGACAUCCUUAUUACCUAGUUACGUACCUGGUACUUGGCGAUUCAGACGAUCCAGUUCCAUCAUGGCCGGGCAGAACAAGUACGGUUUCGAGACGACGGGCUCUCAGCUCGUCCAGGAGCUGGCGCCGCACAUCCGCGGCAAGGUCAUCCUGACGACGGGCGUGUCGCCCAACAGCCUCGGGGCCGAGUUCGUGCGCGCCAUCGCCGUGGCCGGGCCGGCGCUGCUGAUCCUGGCCGGGCGCGACCUCGCCAAGGUCCGGCAGACGGCCGACGCCGUCGCCGCCGCCCGCCCGGACGUGCGCACGCGCCUGCUGCGGCUCGACCUCGCCUCCCUGGCCGCCGUGCGCGCCGCCGCCGCCGAGCUCAACGCCUGGGCCGACGUGCCCGCCAUCGACGUCCUCGUCAACAACGCCGGCAUCAUGGCCCUCCACCGCUACGAGACCACCGCCGACGGCUUCGAGCGCCAGUUCGGCACCAACCACCUCGGCCACUUCCUCUUCACCAACCUCAUCAUCGACAAGCUCCUCGCCGCUCCCGCUCCCAGGGUCGUGAGCGUCAGCAGUGCGGGCCACCGGCUGAGCUCGAUCCGGUGGGGUGACUUGGAUUUCCACGGGGGAGAGAAUUACAACAAGUGGCACGCCUACGGCCAGUCCAAGACGGCCAACAUGCUGCUGGCCAUCUCGCUGGCCGAGAAACUCGGGCACAAGGGCCUGCGCGCCUUCAGCGUGCAUCCCGGCGCCAUCGGCGGGACUAACUUGGGCCCCCACCUGGACUGGGAUGGGGGUGAAUUUGCCAGCUUUCAAGCGCUAGACAGGGCCCUGGGGAACGAAGAGGGCUGGCAUACUGGCUUUCAGUUCAAGAACAUCGACCAGGGCAUAGCCACCUACGUUUCUGCCGCUUUCCAUCCCAGCCUGGAAGAUCAUAACGGAGAUUACCUCCUCGACUCCCAUAUUGCCGAUCCCUGGGUCGACCCGGUCAAGCCGUGGGCCACGAGCCCUGUCGAAGCAGAGAGGCUAUGGAAGCUGAGCGAGAAGCUGGUCGGGCAGGAGUUCCAGUAUUAAUAACCACGCUGGCCCUUCCAUCUCGCAAGCUGGUUGUUGCACUUUUUUGUCUCAAGUUCGAAAGCUUCAAUCACUGAAUGUAUGAUACUCACGAAGUCGUGAUUAUUAACUAAUUAACUGUGGACGGUUCUCCACUCCUCAAAUACAACAACUAUAGAUGAUUUACACGGCCAAUGAGUCAAUCGGCAGGUUGCAUGUCGACGUUAACGAUAUCAUUGGCUGCUGACGGGGGGACCGACCACUUAGUGGUAUUACUGUAGUCUGUUC